GUUCAUGUAAAUGAUAACGAGAUCAUACAGUGUUGUUGCAUACUGUAAUCAGAGGAAGGAAAAGAAGAAAGCAGAGGAAAUGGCGUUGAGCUCGAUGACAUGGGCUUACGCACGGAUCAUAGCUGGAACACUUCUCGGUGGGACUCUCGGAUUCUACGUAAUGCACCGCGUCGAAGUUAGCUACAAGAUGAAGAUGGAGGAAGCGUUAAGGCAAUACGAGAAGGACAUGAAGAAGAGACAAGAAGAAGAGAAUCUCGGUCACAUCAGCGAAGAUUCAGUCUAGCUUUGCGUGGGGGAAUAUGCACUCAAAGUGUUCGAUGAAAUGCCCAAACGAGAUUCUUUCUUGUUUUCUCCUUUUUUACUCUUUUUCUUUUGCUAUAAUUUUUGGUUUGGUUUGGUUGGCGGUUUGAGAAAGUUUUAUUGACUUCGGUUUAAAAUAUCUAUACCAUGAUGGACCAGAUAAACUGCGAAUACUAUGUCCUUGGGUUUUGUAAGGGUUUCAGUGGUUUUUCUUCUAAAGAAUAAAGUCUUAAACUGAA